AUGCUAACAGAACAUUCCGUAUGUGCCAAGAUUCGCCAUGAGAACCUCCGAAUUGCAGUCAUUGAGCCUUUGGAGUCAUCGCUGGGUAUCCUGCCACAUGAAAGUACAAGCGCAGUUUCAGAACGAGUAUCCGAGGAAGAUGACGACGUCGGAGAAGGCCAAGCACUGAGCGAAGAUGACAAACCUGUUGUUGAUCAAUUCGCAGACCUUCGCAAAAGACGAUUCUUAUGGUAUUUCGAUUCCUACAUCCAAACAAUUGAUGCCGCGGACUCGGUUAUCUCUCAAGAACGCAAAUUCCAGAGAAUGCCUUUCGAAAGCCAGGGCAAUACUAUGGAUGGCCACUUCGAUUACCCUGAAUUAAGGCGGCGGGUAGUCUUGCUCAGGGAAAAGAUUAUCUAUGAGACAAACAAUUGGUUGUUUGAGGGACUUGGUGUCAAGAAACAAGAGCUGAGUAUCGCAUCAAAUCUGCAGCGCCAGUAUGAACAGAUCGUUGAGGAUCUCAAGCGUCAGAAAAACUUCGCUGUUGAUCUCGAGCUUGUGGACACUAAUCCUUUCCUUUGGGCAUUUACGUACUUCGGUAGGCCUAUGAGCCAUUUGGACGGUGGUAUCUUUAGGUUUAAGAUCUACAUCAGUCCACGUUUCCCAGAUGAACAGCCUCGUGUCUUUGUGGAGACGCCCAUAUUCCAUAUUCGCGUAUCCCGGGAAGGAGUCCUAUGUUAUUCCCCACGUCGAACAGACGAAAUGCGUUACCAUAUCGAAGCGAUUGUGGCGGCACUAGAAGAAGAAUCUCCGCCAUAUGAUCCACGGACUACAGUCCACCCGGAGGCAACGAAGCUUUUUUGGGGCAGCAUGGAAGAUCGCAAGAAAUAUAACAGGGCAUUGCGGCAAUCUGUUGAAAAAAGCGCCGAGGGACCGUAA